AUGAGUCCAAAUAAACCACAGUCUUCGUUGGACGAGCCGCUCAUCCGGCGCCUCAAUUUGAAUCGUCCAAAGCUAUCUAGAAAUCGGGAAGUCCAGGCAUGUCACCAAUGUCGGCUCAGAAAGGUAAAAUGUGAUCAGACUAGGCCCCGCUGUGAAAACUGUCAGAUACAUGAACGUACUUGCAUUUACACUCAAAUAUCCCGGAAGCCAGACAGCCGCCAAGGUGGAGACCGGGUCAUCAGGCUGAACCAACAGGGCCACCUCAACAACACUAGCGAGUCUCAAGCGCGCUAUUACUCCAGCUCAUCUUGGGUAGUCGACGUGGAUGUCCCAGAUGCUUGUCGGCCUCCCGUUGGUUCCAGUAUUGGUCCCUGUGGGAAGUCGGGAGAGCUAUCAGCUCCCCCCACACUACAGGGAGGACUGGAGUUUCCUGAUGGUCAAGCUCACCUGUUUGUGCAACUCGUGGAGGUUGACAGACUUAUUGAUUGGUAUUCGAAAUACUGUCAUCUCUGGUACCCAAUAGUGGACAUUGCCGAGAUUAUAAUAUCCCUUGAGAAUCUAAGGCACAACCGUAGCUCCCCUGUGGGCUCGUUGGCCCUGAUUGCGGCGGUCUGUUUUGCUGCAUCGUGCUCUGCUAAUGCGUCUGGUGACUUGAAGCCAGUGCUUCCUGUAUCUACUUCCUCUGCAUGGAAAGACCUAGCAGACCAACUGCUUUUGAGCAACGGAUACCCUCGACAGCCCAACCUAAACACUGUCCGAGCAGCCUUUCUCCUCGCUCUCCCAAGUAUGGCAGACGGAAGGAUGCAUCCAGAUCCGGGUCCUGUCUGCGUAUUGCUGCGAGCUACUCAGUCUUUAGGGCUGCACCGUGAUCCCUCAUCCUUCAAUUUUUCCCCUCGUGAGAUGGACUCUCGCCGAGUCCUCUGGUGGGCCGUCCAUGGUUUGGACGUCGCCUACUCGGUCGCCCAUGCAUUACCACCAUUAAUCCACGCCACCGCCACAGAUGUUCAAAUCAUUGAGAACAAUAGUAUAUCAGAGCGCAAGCUCAUAGGAACCCUCAUACGAGUGAACUCCCUAAUCUCUACAAUCUUCCAAACCGUCUACGGUAUCCGUCCGCCAACAGGCAAAGACAUCCAAGAACUAGACGAAAAGGCGAACACAAUAUGUACCGACGAGAUCUCCACCCAAAAAUUACCCGAAAUGAACGCAGCAGAAAAGUUCAUCACAAUGAGCCAAAGAAUGUGUUGCUACAAAAUGCUCUUCAUCCUACAUCAACCCUAUCUACGAUCAACCCAAUGGCCGCAAACUUCCAGACAAAAAGCAUUAACCGCAUGUCAAAACUACAUCAACGACUACUUGAUGGGCAUCACAGAUCCUGAACUAGCUCCGUAUAGAUGGAUUCUUGGUCAUUUCGAUGUCAUCCAUGCCUGUGCUAUCGUUCUUCAGGAUUUGAUUCAACAUCCGGGAUCUUUGGAAUCCACUGGAAUGCGGAGUCUGGCGGAGACUUGCUUCUUCACGUUCUCAUCGGAUUCUCAUCCUGACUGGGCGAAACUGGAGGCGCUUGGUUCGAAGGCUUGGGUUGCUAAUGGAUGGACUUGCCCUUUUCAGCAGGGGUUGGAUUCGCUAGGUGCGGAUGCGAGUCUAUCGGAUUGGGAUCCGUUGUUUGCGUCGUUCAUCUGGGAGAAUAUGUUGCUAUAA